CGAAGUCGUUCCUUUCACCGUAGCUUCGUCUACAACUCUACAACCAAGCAAAAUGUAUGACAGCGACGAUGAGGACACGCCAGGAGGGGAUGAUUUCGUGGAGGUGACAAGUCUGUUUCGGGACGCGGCAGAAGGUCUCCCGGACGGGACUGUCAUAUUGACAGAUGGAUUUACAUUAUUGGAUUCCAUGAGUGCAAUCGAGAUAGGUGAACCCCGGAUGGACAGCGGUGUGAUUCUUGAGGAAGAAACCAAACGACCUCCUUUCAAACCUCUAGACCCCUUACUUCCAUCCGAACUUUGCUAUAUUCUCGACCGAACGUUUGCAUGCGAGAUGGAAUGGCAUACAGGAACAACACUCACACAAACCAUCUACACAUUCCUCUACAUAUAUCACUAUGAUGAACUCGACCCAGAAAUACUACCUUACAUCCCGCUUGAUCAGCGCGAUCCUGCACGACCUAUGGAGCUGGUCACAUUGGUGCUUAGAUCUGCUGUGGCGGGGUUCAUGAAGUGUUGUGAUAUGGUCUGGAGGGAGCUGAACAAGGGCAAGGUAUUCGAUACGGAGGAUUGGCAGUCAGAGAAGGGUGGCGGUUCACUGAUGGAAGGUCUCCCCGUUCGACGAGCACUUGCACAAUUAGAUGACGCCUGCACAUGGAUCUCGGACCAAACAUCUCAUGGACUCUCAUGGAAAGAACCUCUUCUUCAUCGAAUGGAACUCCGAAAUAUUCUCCUGGAACUUUUCUCCCUCGACCCAACCCUAGACCGUCUCCGCUACCAACGCCACCUCGCCCAAGCCCGUCACCAUCUGCACGAAAUCCGCUACCGCCCUUCUCCACCCGCUCCAUCUUCAUCAUCCUCUCCCUCCGAUCCGUCAUCUGAAUCUCCAGCCCUACACGCUUUUGACCCCUACAUCACCCGAAGACUGAACAGUUAUAUGCCACUGAAGGUGUUGGAGUUGCCGGAGAUGGAGGAGACAUGGAAAAGAGUUGAGAGGCUGUUGGACGGGUUGGAGGAGGUGUGUGAGAUGGUGGGAGUGGGGAAUUUGAUGACUUGGAAGAUUGUAGGCAAUAUCCAUGCGCGGACACGACCGACAUCGCAACCUCAAACGCCGUACCUGAGAUCGUUGAUUCAGUCAGUCUACUUCGACGACUUCCGUAUUUUAGGAGCCCUUCCUCCCCGCUGGGCCGUCGACUGUUUCUUCGUCGAGCGUCUCGGUGUCUCGUAUGAUACAAUCGUCGAUGUUCUUGCAAGACGGUGGGUCGGUGGGGCGGGGAUGCCGUUGAAAGAUUUGGAGGGGAAGCUUAUCAGGCUCCUGACGAAGAGGAUUCAAAUAGCGUGGUAUAACCCUCCACGAAGACGACGGGCACUCUGUAACUCGUUGCUGGACUGGCAUGUGGUGUAUGACCUUUUACAGCAUAUGUCUCUGUGCGUCACGACCACUGACACAGCCGACCUAACCCUCCUCCUUCUUCUCCCGAAACUUGCACUCCUCUGGCGUCUCGAAACUAUCCUCGACGUCAUCCUCUCAGGGUUCGAGCUCGAUCUAUACGUCGCAGAUGAGCGUCCGUUCGCGUAUUGGUAUGCUCUCCGGACUGUGGAGGCGGCAUUGGAGAUUGUGGGGGAGCUAAGAGAGGUUGUGAUUGAAGGUAGCGUUGCGUUGUCGGAGCUUGAGUUCCAAGCGAGAUAUCUGGAGGGGUUGAGGGAUCUGUGUAGGGGGAUGUUCGUCUUAACGCUCCCGCAACUCAGCUACACCCCUGAACGAAUGCACCUCAACCUCCUCAAACGAUACAAAUGGGCAUUUCUGCCCCAAUACGGAGUAAUAACUGCGAAACCUGUGGGGCAUCCCGAUUUGAGGGCGUUUUUGGACGCGUGUGCGGGGGUUUUGGCGGACGAGACAUAUAAUCCCUCAGCAGCGUUCAAGAGCGCGCAUGAAACGUUGUUAAAACUCGGCGGCGAGGGAGAUGAUGAGACGGGCAGUCGAGGUGGGAGCGGUAGUGGAAGCGACAGCGGUAGUGGAAGUGGUGCUGACACUGGAACCGGAGUGUCUGAGGGAUCUGUAUUUGGAGGCAUAGGCGUAGGCGUAGGAUGGGCGGGGAGGUGGUCUGAUGAGCGGAUGAAGUUCGUGCAAACCCUCGCCACAACCGCCUCCCGCCUCUCCGAAAUCGCACCUUCGACCCUCGAGGAGCUCGCUGCGUUCAACCAUUCGGCGUCCUUGGUGUGGAACAAGACGAAGCCUUGUUGGUUCCCGGACCCGAGCGAGAGCGUCCAACCCCAGGCUUGAGGAUAUGCUUGAGAGGUCUGCGUGGUGUCCUGUCAUCUAAGCCAGACCACCGGUAACCAGCACGUCUAUGUGAAAGUCGUCUGCGGGGCGAGGGCCUGGACAGCCGAUCACAAAACUCGCAGAAUUUUGCAUAAACGUGCUGGUUUCAUGGUGCUCUCUGUCUUAGGAGCCAGGCGUUUUGGGACCAUGUCUGAUCCAAUGUGAACUUUUACAUUCAAAGGCUUCUACUAUGAAGAUCUGGGAUUGAAUGCAACGGUUCACAUUCGAACAAACAUGCUCUACUAGGUACAAAAUUCUUCAUUUUUUCCCUGCAUAUUUAUCUUUUGAGGGUAUUUAUGGGGCGAGCGUCGAGUCGCUGCUUUGUUGUAUGCGUUUUCCUGUACGUUGUGCAUUGUAUAGCGUUGUUAUGCUGAUAGUCCAAGAAUUCUAUCUCUUUCAUUGCUUUC